UUAUUUUAUUAUUAUAAAAAGAAGUUGUUGUAAGAUCAUAACAAAUGAGUUAGAUGGAGGUUUCUUCUUAGUAUUCUUCUGAAUGGUUUAAUGUUUUAAAAUAUGAGAAGUUAAACAUCAUGAGCAAUUCAGCUUCUGCAAAAAAGUUAGUGGAGGAUCUACUCAUUGACUUUAAAAAUAUACAUGGAGAAUGCCGAAAAAAGUAUCCAAAUAUCAAAGAGGCAUUGGAUAUUGGAAUUGUUCGCCUUCGUAUGAUGCUAUCAUCAAGUGAUGACAUUAUAAGCUCUUUGUCAACAAGUUCUGAAGUGUUUACUGCAAUAUUUUUUGGUUUGGAAUCAAAGUUUUCAAAGGUUUUACCCAUUUGUUUAACAAGUGUUCAGCGCCUUGCUUUGGCUGCAGCUGUUGGAGAGGUUUAUGCCACAAAAUUAGUUUCACAUUUAAGUACUCUUGUUGAAGAUGGAUUUGAAGAUUUACGUGUUCUUCAAACAGUGAUAGUUUUAUUAACGACCUCUGAUGUUGUUCAAAAAGAUUCACUUGCACAGACGAUAGUGUUAUGCUUCAAACUUUAUUUUAACCAAGACACAACAACAAGUAAUACUGCAAGUGCAGCAAUUCGCCAAGUUAUUGCAGUUGUGGUUGAUCGAAUGAUAGAAGAAGAUAAAAAAGAAAAGAAUACAGAAGAAACAGUGAGCUCAUAUCAUGUAAAAUGUCCACAAACAUUGCGUCCGAAAGCCCAGGAUGCAUAUUUAUUAUUUCAGGAUUUAUGCCAGCUUACCAAUGGCGAUAAUCCAUAUUGGAUGCAAGGAAUGAAAACCAUGACGCGUACGUUUGGAUUAGAAUUAAUGGAAUCUAUUUUAAAGCAUUACCCACAAGCAUUUUUAGAUCAUCCAGAGUUUUGCUAUCUUCUUAAGGAAAGAGUCUGUCCGUUGAUUAUCAAAUUGUUUUCACCAAAUAUUAAGUAUAAGAUUAGUGGUGUUUCCACGCCAACUAUCAUUGAAAAACCUUUGUUUUCACUCUCCGUUCGAUUGCUUAGAGUUGUUUCAGUGCUCAUUAAACAGUUUUAUACUCUUCUGAUUACAGAGUGUGAAAUAUUUUUAUCUUUGCUUGUAAAAUUUUUGGACAGUGAUAAACCUUUCUGGCAACGCACAUUGUCAUUAGAGGUGCUACAAUCUUUAUGCCAGCAACCGCAGAUACUAAGAUCAUUUUGUGAAUAUUAUGAUAUGCAAGAACACUCUACAAAAAUAUUUGAGCAAAUUUGCAAAGGACUUGGAAUGUUUAUCUGUUCAUUGUUUUGUAAUGACAACAGUGGCCAAUUAAACACCACUUCUAACCAAAAUAAUGGUUCACCAGUAGAUAAAAUGGGAAAUCAAUCUGGAUUUAUAUAUAAUGGAGUCUGGAUACCUGUUACUACAUUAUUAGUUUCAAAAUCAAUUUAUUUAGAUCAGUUAGAUUACAAAAAUGAAAAUGUAAAUGUUAGUGAAUCUUAUGGUAUGCAGUUAGCAUGUUCAACCGUGCUGCAUAUCUGCAAUGCCAUUGACAUUCUUAUUUUGAAACGAGAUUCAAUAAAAAAACGCACUGAAUCAAAUAUGGAAGUAAAAGAUGUUAUCCAUCAUGAUAAAACUGGUUUGGGUUCAGAAUCUUUUAAAUAUACACAACCGUUAGAUGUAGAACCACAUAUAGAUAUGUCAGCUUGUUGGCAUAAAAUGAUUGAAAAUUGUUGGAAAACUAUGCUGUCUACACUGUCACUUCUUUUAGAAGCAAGUACGGAUGAACAAGCUAAUGAACAAAUAUUGAAAGGAAUGCAAAUCUUCGCUAGUGUCUGUGGUCAGUUGCAAUUGAACUCCUGCCGAGAUGCUUUUAUUGCAUCCAUUUGUAAAAUGGCACUUCCAUCAGGUUACAAUUCUAAUAAUCUUAACAGUACUUUAUCAAAACUUUUGGAGAGUUUAUCAUCAGAAAAGUCACCAGACUCACUUAGUAACACCGGGAGCAUCAUUAUGACAGUUAAAAAUGUUGAGUGUAUGAGAGCACUAUUAAACCUUUCACAUUGUCACGGUUGUUUACUUGGAACUGCAUGGCAUAUUAUUCUAUUAACUCUACAACAUUUAACACAAAUUCUUGGUCUCAAAUUGUCAACAGGUGGUACCUCAAAAACCAUUCAACCUAAUGAAAUACCAAAUCUUGACAUACCACAAGCUUUAAAUUCAGACCUUCCAGUUUUGUCAUCAAUGCUAUCUCGACUAUUUGAAAGUUCACAAUAUUUAGAUGAUGUUGGAUUGCAUCAUUUAGUGGAUGCAUUGUGUCGUUUAUCUAUGGAAGACAUGGAAAGUGCCACCAAUAAUAAGGAGCCAAGUUUGUUCGGAGUUGCAAAGAUGUUAGAAACUGGUCUUGUAAAUCUUAAUCGACUACAUGUGUUAUGGAAACCUCUUACAGCUCAUUUAUUAGAGGUCUCGCAACAUCCUCAUGCACGACUUAGAGAAUGGGGAGCUGAUGCUCUCACUGAACUUAUUAAAAUGGCAGUUUUUUAUGAACAUGUUCCUUCACUAGCUGAAAAUCUACCAUUGCAAUUAACAAUUUUAUAUCCACUUCAAGAAAUGGCUUUAAUAAGUUAUAGUGGUGUACGUCAGCUACAGUUUGAGUGUGUUUUAAAUAUUUUGCAAGAAUGUGCUCCUAAGUUAGGUGCUGCUUGGCCAGUUAUACUCAGAAUUAUAGGUUCUGCUACUAAUCAGCAAAAUGAAGCAAUCAUAAGAUUAGGCUUUCAAAGUCUUCAGUUAGUAGUCACAGACUUUCUACCAAUUAUACCUUGUUGGUGUGUACAUGUGUUAGUUGAAGUUAUUGGCAAGUUUGGUUUGCAGCAGAAUGAGAUUAAUAUUAGUUUAACAGCAGUUGGAUUGUUGUGGAAUCUAUCAGAUUUUCUAUACCAAAAUCGUGCUUCUCUAAAACAUGAGCUGGAAAAGUAUGUGAUAUGCCAGCCUGAGUUAACACAGCAUAAAGAAGCUAAUGGCCUCAUAAGCCCUAUACAAAACAAAGAUUUGUAUCCAUCUCUUGAUAAUGCUGUGUCUCCUUUUGACUCUGCUUGGAUGAGUUUAUAUAGUAAGCUGGGGGAACUGUGUGUUGAUCCUCGGCCUGCUGUUCGCAAAAGUGCUGGACAAACACUCUUUUCAACCAUAUCUGCACAUGGUGGGUUGCUUGAAAAUGCAACAUGGUACUCUGUUUUAUGGAAAGUUUUAUUUCCUCUUUUGCAACAAGUAAAAGCCAUGUCUUCUGCCGCUGCUGACUGCCCCCCUCCAUCUGAUAACACAACGUUACCUGGUAAUAUACUUAUUCAUCAUUCACGUGACACAGCUGAAAAACAAUGGGCAGAAACUUGCGUUUUAUCCCUAGCAGGUGUAUCACGGGUGUUCAGCAACAGAGAGCAUGUUUUAAGAAAGUUAAGUGAUUAUCCUCGAGCAUGGGCUUUGUUGUUGGAGAUUAUUGAAGGUAGUGCAUUAAGUAAAAAUGCAGAAGUUGCUUUAAAUUCUCUUAAAAGUUUUCAAGAAAUUGUGAAAAAUAACAUGGAGGAGCAUGAAGAAGGGAAGAUACCUUUUUUGAACAUUACUGAACAAGAGCUCGAUUUAUGGAUAAAUGCUUGGAGAGUGUGGCAAAACAUCGGUACAUACUGUAUGGAUGUAUCUUCAUUUGUUAGAAACUCAAAAGAUAGCUCAGGCAAAAUCUCAAAUAAGACUGUGUAUCCUUCCCAAGCUUUUUUGACUGCUUUGGUUAAUAUUUUUCCUCCUUUACUUGGAAGAAUUUAUGGACGCUUUGGAAUCGGUGAUUUAGAGAGAUUAGGCAAAGUAUUAGAGCGAGCUGUAUCAAUGCCUCUGCAUUCUGACACGUCGCCCUUUCUUCUUCCAGCAUUUCAUCAUGAAACAACACUUUCACCGUUACAGAAAUCAGUUCUCCAAGCAAUAAGUACUUUGCUUGCUGAGGUUCCCCAGCUAAAUAAUAAGAGCAUAUUGGACCAUAAUGAUAAUCUACCAAUGUACCCAACAGUGUUCACAUUGCUGUUACAUUUUAUAGAGUUCGCUUGCUGUCCACCAAAAGUGGAGACACAGGAUAAUGAAAGUUAUACACAAAUUCGUGGUCGUGCUGGUGAGUGGGUUGUUAUGAACUAUGUACCUUUAGCAGAACAUAGUAUGAAAUUAGUGCAAACUCUUUAUGAAAUAAGCUAUGCUAAAGUCACAGUUGUUAAAGGAAAUGUCUUAAAGAAUAUUAUUAAGACACUUCAUUUACCUUUAAAAUUAAAAUAUGCGUGUCCAGCUCAAUCCACCUGGAAGUUGUCCAUUGAAUUGCUUCUCAACGUUUUAAAGAGUGGUUUAAAAGUUCAUUUGAAUAACAAAGAUGAUGAUUUUCAAGACAUGUGGAUGAGUAUGGCAAGUGCUUUUGAUGAUUUUCUUUUUUCCUUAAGCCCGCCACCUGAUUCUCAAACUCUAGCUGAACACAGAUUAGAUGAACAAAUUGACAUAAAGCUUGUCAAGCUGAUUAGACAAGAUAUACUACCAUUUGCAUCGUCUCUGCCUAAGGUGUUUGUUGAUCGGCUUAUGAAACUUCUUAAUAAAGGAUCUAUACAUUCUGCAACAACUGAUAUGUUUGACAGUGAUUCAGUAGCAUUCCCUUUCAAAGAAGAUUUUGCCAAAUUAUGUUUUGAAACUCUUCUUCAGUAUUCUUUCUUUAAAGAUACACAUAAUAAAGAGGAGAGCGAAUUGUCACGGUUAGCUUUACAAUCAUUGCUGGAAAGAUGUAAAAGUGUGCUUUGUAAAUAUUCAAAAGAUGAAAGACUUAAUGGCCAGUUUCCAUUGCCAAGGACACGAAUGUUUGAAAUGUCAUUUGCAGUAAAAGCUAUUGCUACUUUGCUCGCUUCUAUUAAAAAAAUGGUGGAAAACAAACCUAACUUGAUUGAUGACCAAUUAUGGCGUGACUUAAUCGGUCUAUACCCUACGAUAUUGGAAUGUAUUACUUGCAGUAGUGAACCUGUACGUCAUGCAUUGAAGGAAGCUCUUUUGGAGUUCCAAGAUUUACUUUCACCUCCAAAAUCUUUAGUUAUUAAUGGCUCUUGAAAUUUAUUUUUUUAAGUAGUUAGAUCUGAAUUAUUUUUUUAUAUUUAUUACCAGUUGGCAUUUUUUACUAUAUGUUUUUAAUAUAUAAAUCUCUUUAAUUUUUUUCGAGGCUCUACGUAAAGGACUAGGGACCUACGUAUCCAAAUGUGAAAGUUAAAAGUUAAACUUUUUUUUUCAGAAAUAAGAACUUCUUAAUAAAUUCUCUUUUUUAUUAUUUUACAGUUUAUUUUCGUUUAUAAUUUAUUUAAGUAAUUAUAGAACAAAUAAUUGAAUGUCUUGUAAAAGUUUUUUUUUUUUUUCGUUUUCAUACUUCCAUCCAAAAUAAUGUAAACAUUUAAUUUUUCUUUUCUUUUUCGAUAUCGUUAUUUAACAUUUCGAACUGUACUAAGUUUUAGUUUCGGUAAAAAAAGUACAAAGCUA